UGAAAGAUUAUAGUUUUUAACCAUUUAGAAUUUUAGUUUAGUAUAGUAUUGUCAUUUCAAUCAUUUUUGUUAGUUUCGAUAAAUUCUUCUUCGAUUCAAGCACACAAUUUAAAAUGCCCAGCCACGCAAAUUGCAUCUAACCGUUAUCGCAUGGUCGCAAUUCUUUCGUCCAUCGGUGUUUUGUCGGUUGGUGAAGCCAAACAACCAUUGCAAUUCUCUCACCUUUGACUGCGAACCGAUACUACAAGGUGCAAACCUACAUACUGCAAUAACAUCACAUCACAACUUGCGAACGCUUUAUCCAAUCUUACGCUCAACAUUUUCUCUCUCUCUCUCUGAUUCUCUCAUACACUCACACAUCCCAAAAUUAUGUUGUGCUGCUUAACAUAGACGGCCCGCUUGGUUGAAAGCAUAAAGCAUCACAUCACCCAACGGCAACCCCCUGAGAACUCUGAGUUCAGUACUUACACACACACACAAACUCUCACGUACGCACAAGCAUACCGCAUACGAUUGCAAACCGUCGGUCGGUCGAAGCAGCCUUUGAGCGGCCCUGCGGAUGUUCUCUCGCCACAGUCGCUCGCCUACUUUUCCACUGGAUUCUCGGUUUUUCGGUUCUGCUCCGUGGCUCACUUUGGCUGUGUUCCCCACAUCAAAACGGGUGUGUUAGCAUAUUAACUGCUGACUUUGGUUCCUCUGCAGCAGCGAAUGAAAAUAGUGAAGAAAAAAGGUGUUAUAUUAGUAGCCAACGGGUGCCGCACACACCUUCUGGAGCAGCAGCAGUAGUGAUAGCAGCAGUCCUCCACGGUGGGGCCCAAUCUGGAUCGAUCCUGGAACGGGCGUGUGUUCUCUGGAGGGUUUUCGUGGUGCUGCUUCGCGAACUAGCAGGCUGAAACACUUCGGGGUGGUUUCCGUUUUUGACAAUGCUAGAAAGAGGAGAGGAAAAUCUAGAUUUCAACUUUCUUUUCGUGUCCUUUGCAGCAGGUUCCAACGAAUGAAAUCCGCAGGAUUGCAGCAGUGAAGAAGUUACAUGUGGUGAAGAUUGAUUAGUUUGAUCGUUAGUUUAUCGGUGCACAGAAGUGGGGUGGAAAAUUCAGACGUGAAAAAUCGAAAAUCAAGCGAAUAAAAAAGAACAUUAUUGAGUUGGAAAAAAGUCUGAAGUGAAAAUACACACAUUCACACACACGUAUACACGUACAUACGGGAGUCCUGGCAGCAGUAGCAGCAAUCGCUAGUGUGGAAGAGAAAAGGCCAACACACAGCACAGCACAGCGAGAGACGCAAUCCGAGAAGUGCAGAAAAGGAUUACACGUUUUUUUGUGCUCAUUUUCAUUCUCCCUUCUCACUCACUCACUCAAUCUCUCUCUCGGUGGUCGGCCGCGGUUCGUCCCUAUUUUCCAUUGCGAUAUUGGCAAUUUGUGGCAGCAUCAGAGCAGGCAGUGUGGUAGUGUGUAGUGUGGUAUAGUAGGCUGGUUUCAAGCAGCAGCAGCAGGAUUACUCAACAUAAUACAAAAACCGCCUGGCGAAGAAUCUCGUGGAGUGUGUCAAGUGCGAGCAUCCUCCUGUCGGUUUCUCGGUAGCUCUCGUGUGCUCGCGUAUUCUCUGUGGUUCCGUAGGGAGUGAAGAAACGAAAAACAGAAACGCAAGGAUUUAAAAUUCACACGGCAAUCUCACGAGCACCAAAUAGGCAACAAAAUCGGUUCGGGCGUUACUACUGCAAAGGUGAUCCGCACACCAAUUCAAGUGCCAGGCAGUACUGAACGAGAGCGAGAGAGAGAACGAGAGUAAGCGAGUGAGCAAUGAAGACGAUAAGGUUAGCAUAGUGACUAUGGGAUCAGAGGCAUGGGCGUGUGCGUGGACCCUGGGGCUUUCCGGUGGUGUCAGGCAUUGAGCCGGUCGCAAUCGUUAACCACAACAACGUCAGCCGCAGCCGAAGUCACUGCCACAGCCACAGCAGCAGCCACAGCCUCAGCCACGGCUUCCGGUGGUGGCACCGUAGCAGCAACCCGGGAAACACCUGUACCCACGGUCAGCAGCAACAGUCAACAGGCCAACUAUCGGCACGUGUCCAGCUUCCACCAUGCCAAGGUGCGGCGGAGUUUAAACGCAACAAUCUUUAUCAAGAAGAAACAAGCGGCAGCAACUAAAGCUGCGGCAGCAGCAACAGCGGCAACAUCAGCAACAGUAACAACAACAACAACAACAACAACAACAACAGAUUCUAAAACGAAACCAGUUAGCAAGCAUACUAAUAGCAACAGCAACAGCCACUUCUUCAACCACUACAGCAACGGUGGCAGUAGUUGUAGUAGUAGUUAUAACAGUAGUCUCAGCGGUAGCAAUUACAGUAGUUUUAGCACUAGAGAAGCGAAUAGCGGCGGCCACGGCGGCAUCAGUUUCGAGAAGGCCCUAGCGGCGCGGCGGCGAAACCUUAGUCUUAGCACCAACAAAUUGAGCGAACACUACAGCUGCAGUGCGGCGGCAUUAAACUGGCUGAUCUCAUCGUUCGUGCUGCUCCUCUGCAUCACCCUAUGCACUAGUUCAAUUAGUCCUCCUGCCCCCCAGGAUGCCGUUCACAUUACCGCCAUCCUUGGCGAGAGUGUCGUGUUCAACUGUCACGUCGAGUUCCCCGGCGAUCAUCCCGUGCCGUACGUCCUGCAGUGGGAGAAGAAGGUGAGCGAAACGGGUCAGGAAAUUCCGAUCUACAUCUGGUACGAGAGCUACCCGACCCACAGCGGCGAGGGAUACGAGGGGCGCGUCUCGAGGGCCUCACCCGAUUCGAGCUUCGGUGCGGCCUCCCUCAACCUGACCAGCAUCCGCGAAACGGACCAGGGCUGGUACGAGUGCAAGGUAGUGUUCCUGAACCGGCCACCGAAGCAGCACAAGAACGGCACCUGGUUCCACCUGGACGUGCACGCUCCACCGCGCUUCAGCGUAACGCCGGAGGAUAUCAUUUACGUUAAUUUAGGCGAUUCUAUAAUACUAAACUGCCAGGCAGAUGGCACCCCGACACCAGAGAUCCUGUGGUACAAGGAUGCCAACCCAGUGGAUCCGUCUUCUACUGUUGGCAUCUUUAACGAUGGUACCGAGCUACGGAUUAGCACGAUUCGACACGAAGACAUCGGCGAUUACACGUGUAUCGCGCGCAAUGGUGAGGGACAAGUCUCCCAUACUGCCCGUGUUAUAAUAGCGGGCGGCGCUGUAAUCAUGGUGCCGCCUACUAAUCAAACGAAACUGGAGGGAGAGAAGGUGCAGUUCACCUGCGAAGCGAAAGCGAUGCCCGGCAACGUCACAGUGCGGUGGUUCCGCGAGGGUUCCCCAGUGCGGGAGGUAGCCGCACUCGAGACGCGCGUCACGAUCAGAAAGGAUGGGUCACUCAUCAUCAAUCCGGUCAGUGCCGACGAUUCCGGCAUGUACACGUGUGAGGUGUCAAACGGCAUCGGAGAACCACAAAGUGCUUCGGCUUUUUUAAAUAUAGAGUAUCCUGCCAAAGUGACCUUCACCCCAACAAUACAAUACUUACCGUUUCGUUUAGCUGGUGUUGUACAAUGCUAUAUAAAAGCAAAUCCUCCUCUACAAUAUGUAACAUGGACCAAAGAUAAAAGAUUACUGGAACCUUAUCAAACAAAAGACAUAGUUAUAAUGAACAACGGUUCGCUGCUGUUCACUAGGGUCAACCAGAACCAUCAGGGAAGGUACACGUGUACGCCGUACAAUGCGCAGGGCACGCAGGGUUCCUCCGGCCACAUGGAGGUGCUUGUACGGAAACCCCCGGCUUUUACGAUCGAACCGGAUCCACUGUACCAACGGAAGGUUGGUGAAUCGGUCGAGAUGCACUGCGACGCCCAGGAAGCGGAAGGCACGUCCAAACCGACGAUCAUCUGGCAGCGUCGCGAUGGACAACCAUUGCAGAAGAAUCGGGUUCGGAUCCUGAAUGGUAACAUUACGAUCGAAAACCUCCGACGGUCCGACUUUGGUUACUAUCAGUGUGUCGCUUCGAACGAGGUGGCCACGAUCGUAUCAGCCACGCAGUUAGUAAUCGAAGGAACUCAGCCACACGCUCCGUACAACCUCAGCGGAUCGGCAACCGAAUUCUCGGUGACGCUGUCCUGGAUGCCGGGCUACAGUGGCGGACCGGAUUAUAAACAGGACUACACCAUCUGGUACCGGGAGGCAGGAGUGUCGGAUUGGUCUACGAUUCCGGUCACUCCGUCCGGCAGCACACAGGUGACCAUCAACCGGCUCUCACCCGGAACGACUUACGAGUUUCAGGUGAUCGGCAAAAAUGCUCUCGGCGAUGGCAUGAUGAGCAAGGUGAUCACGAUACGCACGUUAGACGUUCUAAGUUAUCACAAUAUUUUGUUUCCAACCGAUUCGUCUGGCUCAACAUUUUUCCCUCCUGUUUUCCGUCCGACAGGUCCGAAACCCGGUCAACCGCGCAACGUGACCGUGGUGGAGAUCCCGAACGGCUUUCUCAUCUCGUGGCAGGUUCCACUCGAGCGAGCCCAUCUGGUGCAGUUCUACACGAUCAAGUACCGCACGGACGCCCAGUGGAAGACACUGAACCGGGGCCAGAUCCGCCCGGAGGAGACGUCCUACCUGGUGAAGAAUCUGGUCGGUGGCCGGACCUACUACUUCCGGGUGCUGGCCAACUCGCUCAAGAGCUACGAAUCGAGCGAGGAGAUCAAGUUCCCGGUGCCGGCCCGCGUCAAGCACAAGGCCAUCACGGCCGGCGUCGUCGGCGGAAUACUGUUCUUCAUCGUGGCCAUCAUCCUGUCGAUCUGCGCCGUCAAGAUCUGCAACAAGCGCAAGCGCAGAAAACAGGAAAAAGAACUCAACAUGGUAACAGCACGGAUCACGGAUCGGAACGCCCUGAGCCAGCCGGUGCCUUUGAGAAGAUAUCUACAAAAAGGAAGUAAAGCCAGCCGAUUGCCUGGCCUGAGCAUCCUGGUCGCCAUAAUGCACUGGAUUUGGCCCCCGGGGAGGUGUCAGAACUGCGACAGCAUCUAUUCGAAUAAGUUCACCGGUGACCACUCCGCCAAUCUUGGUCAGAUUCACCGUUCAGCAGACGGGCGGUUCGUUUUGCCGCAGGAUGCCGUCGAUGGAAUCGUAUCUAUUCGAAACAGUAUUGUUUCGUACUACAGCAGCAGUGAUGACGGAGGAUUCCUGCCGAAGCGGUUGUCAAUGACGCGAGCCUCCUGGAGACGCCCGUUGGUGGCUUGCCCCAGUCAGCUGAGCUUACGUUCGGAGGAUGGAUUUGUUAUGGCGGAACCGCAGCAACCGGCACAUUCCCUGUAUACCAACACGAUGCCGGAGAGUCUCCAUCUUACGACAAUAAGUUCCACUGUACCUGCUCCGAUGGUGAAUCAGUCUUUGUACACGACACCUUCGCGGAUUUCCAAGGUAGUCGCCAGCUCCCCUGCAACAUCUAGCCCGCAAGUCGUCAAUUCACCCUGGUCACCGUUGUACUUUAGUGAUCUCAGUUCGGUUCACCAUCUAAGCUCAGCGGAUCGGUCCUAUCCGACACCGCAGAGCGCUGCAUCUGCCCAUCGGUACAACUAUGCGGGCUACCAGCACGAGCUUCCAUUGUUAGGCAGCUUGCAUAACACCUCGCGGCAGUUUUCGAAUGGUUUCGUGCCGGUGCAAGUGCCCAGUUCCAGGUAUUACCAUCACAACCUGUAUCAGAAUUUGCCCUUCCAUAGCCAUACGUAUAGUAACAGGCCGAAGUUCUCGCGAUAUCAUCCCCGGCUUAUGCCGAGGAGCUUAACCAGGGCGAUACCGGAGCUCCGGUCUCCGAUGUUGAAUCUGAACCUUAGUACAACACCGCUGAGCGCAACGCUGGAAGCCUCCCCUCAGAGUUAUUCCAGCUCCAGUGGCUUCGGCAGUAAGAAUACCUCCAACAACACACAGCAGACGAACAGUUUUCAAGUUUCUAACAAUCUGCUGCGCGAGUGGCGAUACCUUCCACCCUAUCGACCGCCUCCUCCGCCUCCGAGUUUGCACCACUCGGCUCCGCUGUCCUUCGGUGGCGGCCGCUUCGACCAUCCGCCCUACUCGAUGUCGCACUGGCUGGAACUGAUCACAAGACUGAAUAUGGCCUCCGAGAAGGCCAACAUCAACAAUGCGGCAGACGUGGGCAGCGUGGACGGUCAUUACGAGUUCGAUCCAUCAACGCCCACGCCAACGGCUUCGACUCCGACCGGAAUCAUGCGCGAUGAUUUCCACCAUCUGAUGACGCUUCCGUCGACUUCCAGCGAUCUGCUGUGGAACGCCGCUGGUUUGUCACUGGGCGGCACUGGUGGAACCACGACCGCAGGAAUCACCGUCGGUACUCGCAAGCGAGGUCAAUCUCGCUACGACAACAUCGACGCUCGGGUCGAAGCCAUGAAGGAGGAGUUCUACGAGUGGCGAAAGCGACAGCAGCAGCAGAACGAAGGAAUCGGCGGUCUCGAUGCCAGUCGGGUGAUCGAGCUGGAAAGUUCCUGUUGAAGACCCGGCAAGCGAUUGUAGUAACUGUAAUGUAGACCUUAGGGAGCUUCCGAAACGAUCGAACGUGCUAUUGAAAUACGUGCUUAAUUAUAAGACUCGACUUAUCCAAUAACUAUAGCAAUAUCUAAUUAAUUAAAAAAAAUUGUGAAUGGAUCUACCACAUAGGAAGCGCACGCUAAUCGUAUGGAUCGAUCCGCGAAGACGUUUAGGAAACACACUCACACACAGAAACACACACACGCAGAAAAAAAGAAGGAAAGUAAAACAAGGACAACAAAAAGAUAACACAUGUUAAAGACUUUUAUAAUAGUUAUGUAAAAACAAAAAAAAAAGGGAUGAUUGUGGUUCAGAAUGAGGCUUUGGUGUCCCUGAAAUAGGGGAAAAGACGGUUGGAAGGGAUUUGAUGAGUUUUCCGUAGUUUACUUCUGCAUGAACGAACGCAUCAAUCGUGAAGCAAGCGGCUGCUUCAGAACUUUUUGGAAGUAAUUAUUAGUGAAGCAAAAUAAAAGGCAGGAAAGCUCAUCACGUUAGCACAGUUGCGUACGUACAGUGCUGAACUCGUAUCGGGGAAGUGACAGUUGCGUGAAGGGACUUCAGUAGGUUGUGCUGAUAGUUACUUCAGUUCUUCAGGAAACGGAAGUCUUCCAACGGAAAGCGCACUGGAUGAGUCCAGCAGGCUUUAACAAGUUAUUCACAUUUUUAACAUUUACAUAACCUAAAUCAUUGGGAAGAAUAAGAAAUACUAAAAGUGUUCAUGAAUCCGAAGAUGACUUCACACAAAACAGUCUUAGCAGGCUUUGCUCAUUAAAUGGUAAUUUUCUUCAUUUUUGGUGAUAACUUUCUACACCGAAAGAGUUUUGUCUGCAAAAUCUUCUAAUUAUUAAAUUAAAAGUAUAGUUGCAAUUCACUGAAAAGGUUCGAUACUGAAUCCCGGCACAUUAACAAGUCCCUUUCGUAACUGCAACCUUCCGUUGCGAGUUCGGCAUCCUCUUCGCGAGCACUAUUGACAGCACCAACACAAAGCACACACACACACACACAAACACGCGCAAACACGCCAGCAUACGAAAAACAAUUAACACCCAUAUUUGCAAGAAAAAAAAAAUAGGAAGAUUAUAACCUCUUUUCAUUAGAUUUCACAAAUGCUCACAUAUUCUCACGAUUGCACUUCGGUAGGCUACAAGCAACGCGAAGAGUGUUAGUGAAAACACUACUGUACUGAUGCAGCCAAUCACACAUACACGAAUAAACACACACUCGAAACAGAAAAAAAAAACAGUCAGCAACACGAAUCGGUUGUACGUGUUUUACGAAAAUAUGCCGAGAGCGCGAAAGAAAGAAAAAAAAGUAGACAUAAUAUCAAUAUUUAAUGUUCUUGAAACUAACAAUAUUCACAAAUAUAUACAGCAGAAAAGGAAGAAAAAAGAAAAAACACAUAAUUAUGAAUAAAGAAACUAAGUAAGAUAAAUUACGAUAAAGUAAAAAAAAAAAACAUCGACUGGCACCGAAAGCUGCCGGAAUUCGAACCGUGCCGCGGUACGCGUCAUUUCUUUCGUUCAAGCAAAGUCCGACAGCCAUGCCGCCCGAUUCGGACCCCGGGCUGCUCCGGCUGCUAGCCGGGAGAACAUUCAUUCUAAACUAGCAAAAGCAAACAAAAACACAUACACAACAUACGCGCACUCACCGUACAGACACACAAGACGAGAGGUACGAAAUCGAAACCUUUUCGGACGGGUGAGCAGUAACUUAAAAUUCGAUUUAAUAACAAAUUAUUAGUGAGUACUUACUGAUAUUAGUAAUAAAAUUCUGUACUACGAAAGUAAAAAAAACAAAUCCGAUGAAAACGCAGCGGUUGGAAGGUUAUAAGAAGAUGAUGAAGAAGAAAAAAUUGAAAAUACAAACUGAACAACAUUAGUUUAAACAUUAUUUUACUUAAGAUCUGAUAUUAUUUUAAGCGCAGUAGUUUGUAAGUAAUAAAAAGCAGUACACUCUAGUAGAGAAUAGUCGACCUAUGAAAGGAAUCGGUGAGAUUAGCCAUUGUUCUUUCCGUACCGUUGUGUAAUCGAGUAGAUUACGUUAUUACGUGCUCCACCUGUCAAGUUUUAAUCAUUCUUCUGGAAUGCUGCUUAUGAUAUUGUUAAUUUUUGUUUAACAGCAAACUCUGCAUUUCUCUUGCUGCCGGUAAUUUUAUGUUUAGGCGGUUUUUUUUCUCCGCGCAGACUUCUACGAUUAUUAGUUGAGACUUUCAGUGCAAAUGCACGCUCCAAAGAUUGUUUAGUUUUACGGUUUUUAGUGUGUAUAAAGCGAUAUUCUGCGUUUGCGUUCGACAAGUUUCGCAAGGCGCAAAACUAGAACAAUUUUUCGAGAAAAAAAAACAAACAUAAGUAUAUAAAUCCUGUUGAUAGUUCUUAUUGAUCUUAUAAUUCUUAACGAAGCAAACAUCUUAAUGAGACGAAAGUUGCGAAACAGUAUGCAACAUUUGUGUGAUGAGGAAACAAUUGAACAAAGUAAAAAAAAUGAAAAUGGUAGUGAAACUUAGAAUUGAAGACGUAAGCCGUAAGUUAUUCAUGUUGUCUUUUUUCCCAGUGCGCUCUUUCGGUUGGCAAUCCUAGUAUCGUUGCCAUGUUUUAAGUUGUUUUCCAGUUUCCCUGCGCCUACUACGUCCAGUGACAUUCACCUUUCAGUUACUGCUCGAGCGACAUAUUGUUUCGAGCAGAACACACGACAAAUAGAUAAUAUACACACGAUCUCUUGCUCCCCUCUCCCCUUUAAAAAGAAACCAAACACACACACACACACACACACACAAGACAAGUUUAAUACAAAUUAUUGCUCUUCGAAUAAGUGCAAACUGGUUUCAGUAAUGAAGGAAAUAGACGAAAAUACGAAAAAUUCUUCUUAUUCGUUUUCAAAUAGGUACCAGAACUAAAGGCAAAUAGCAAAUGGAAGAAUUACUGUUUAAGAUAUGUAACGUAGCGAAAAAGUAAAAAGAAAAAAAAAACAAACAAACAAUUGUUUAGCACUCAAGCUAGACAUCUCUGAAUCACGCCAACAGACACUAUCUCUCUCACACCCACUAAACACACCUUUAAAAAAAAUAGAUGAACGCAAUUCUUUACCCUUUUCCUAGAGGGUUGUAAAUAGUCCCUGUUACUUUUUGUUUCAUCAUUUUUCCAACCGAAAAAGUAAAAAAAAUGAUCACCAUGUUCCCACUCAACAAAAAUUAGACACUGAUGAAAGAAAAAACAGAGGUAAACAAAAAUGGAACAAAAAAAAAGAAGAAGAACAGCAACUACCACACUGAGACAAAACAUUCCAUUAGCUUCUAGUUUGUAUCAAAUAAGAAUAAUUAGAAAACCAACCAACAACCAGCAAACAAAAAAAAACAAAUCCUAACAAAACUGAAUUAAAUCUUGCCAGAUCUAGUAGGACCGAGAACGCAGAAAGCGAAGAGCCAGACAGAGGUGUACGGAAGCAAAGAACCGGCUCGGACUUCUCUUCUUUUCUUCUUUCUCUUCCGAAUCCGUUAACCUAUUCUUGUUGUUGUUGUUGCUGUUGCGGCAGGUCGACAUGCAUCGGUUGUCUUCUUUUUCUUUUCGUUUUCUCUCCACGGUUUUGGUGCCACCCGAGUCGGAGUGAUGUCAGAGUAAAAUUCAGCCGUGGCCGAUAAAACGAAACCGGAGACGCCGAUUACUUUAUGUAUUCUGAUUAUUUUUUUCCGAUUAUCGUAGUAUACUUAGCUUUUUGUUUUUGAAACACUUUUACGAGAGACCCGGUAGGACUAGCACAGAGAGAUUAGUUAUUUAUUAAAGCGGAGUUUUUUUUAUUUAUUUUACGAGUUUUGAAUAUUUUUUUUUCAAACGCAAUUUUUUAUCGUUAUUUAAGUUGAAAUGUAAAAUGUAAAAAGGAUAUAAUUUUUACAAAAGUAAAUAAAAUAAGAAAACUUA